CAAAUAAAUAUGGACAAUAUAUACUAUAAAUACAAUUUUAAUGGCUGAGUUAUUUUUUCUAAAAGAAAUACUUUGCAUAUGUGCUGUGCAGUGUUAAAGGGGAUUUUGCUACGUUAAAAGUUCUGAAUAUCUAUUUAUUUCUUCUGUAGUCUUAAGGAAUCAGAGUCCAACCUUGAAAGUGUCAAGAAAGUAGUCUUUGGAGUCCCGAAAGUGAAAGAGAAAGAUCACGACUUGGAAAAAACAAUCACAAGAAUACAAGAUUUACAUAAUGAGUUAAGUAUUAAGGAGCAGAAAAACAAAGAACAAAUGGAAAGACUUAAGGAAUUAGAGUCCAGCCAUGAAAGUGUCAAGAACGCUGUCUUUGAGAAAGUGAAAGAGAAAGAUCAUGACUUGGAAAAAACAAUCACAAGAAUACAAGAUUUACACAAAAGUGAACAAGCCUGUUUGGAAUUGAAGAAUAUCAUAUUUGAUGAAGAAUUGAAGAGGACUAUCUUCAAAAUCAAACUUGAUGAAGAUCAGCGUAGUACAGAGAAUGCCAGGAAGAUGUUUGAGAACCUGAAAAAGGUAUGGAAAAUUAUUAAUGAAGAGAGAAAUGUUAUUCUAACGACAAUACUGGGUAAAGAAAUAUUGGAACCUUCAGUAAAUGAUGCCUUGCAAAGACUUAAGGUGUUCAAAAGAAACCAGAAUGAGCUGCAAGAAGUGUUAAUGGCUGUAUCUGAAACAGAUGACCCCGUCACUUCAAAACAAGCCAUAGAGAAAGUACAAGAACUAAAAAGUACUGAGAAGGCUCAAUAUGAGACCAUUCAGAAACAAAGUGAAAAUCUUAGAAGACUUGAGACGGAAAUUUCUCAAAUGGAAAAAAGAUAUGGUAGCAUGAAAAGAGACAAAGAAGAUGUGGAACAGAGGUUGACCAAUGAAAUAGAGAGAUUAAGCGAAGUAGCUGGAGCAAAGCUGACCAAUGAAAACCCAAACAUCACAGAUCUGAGUGACCCUAACCGACCAAUCAAAAUCGCAGAGCAGUACAGCGAACUUUAUGAUAAUGCAUGGACAGACAUUUUUGAAAAGUUAACAGAGAAAUAUAAAGUGUCAGAAAAAGAGGCUAUACAGAUGUUGCUCCAUAUUUUAGAGAUUUCAUACCGAUUUUGUGCAGAAAUAGCAAGUACCAGACUGGCUGUACCUGAUGAAAAUAAACCAAACGGUGGACCAAAAGAAGAAACGACGAAAGGGAAAAAACAGGAGAUCGCACAAAUACUUUCCUCAGAUGAAAUUAUUGUGAUGCAGAAGUUCUUUGAUAACCCAAAACAAGCUGUGGAUAAUAAAACUCUAAAAUCGGUUCUUGAAAAAAUCGGUGUGAGUGAAACUGACAUGAAAAAUAUGAAGAAUUUGCUGAAAAUCACAGUAGAUGGAACAUGCCAUUUUGUAGAACAGCAUGUGUGGGAAAAACGGUCUGAAAUUCAAGCACAGGAUGAUGUUCAUCUGGAGAUUACAAAACCUUACUUGAAGAAAUGCGUGCGGAUCUGUUGGUUAAUGGUCGCUCAAGAUCCACCGGUUUUUCUGAAAACUUUAGAUAAAAAAGACAAUAAAUUUGAUAAAGACUUGUAUCGUGAGUUCACUAGCAGUGGGAAGAAGAUGGACCACGUGGUCUGGCCAGCAAUUCUCCUACACGAAGGUGGACCUCUACUGAAAAAGGGUGUAGCACAGCCAAAGUAAUAAUGUUGCAGAAUUCUGUUUACUUGUAGAUUCGAACACUCUCAUACUCGGCGACAAAGCCAUGAAUUCCUCAACUGUAUCAACUGCACAUUAGAAGUACUAGUACUGAUAACAGAUACUUUGAACAGAUACAAAUAAUUUGUUGUUGUACAUUUGAAAUAAAUUUUAAAUACAGCACAUUUGAAGCGAAGUUC